GACCGUCUCACCACCUAACGGCAAAAGAAAAGCGCAGCCGCACCCGCACCCGCAGCCAGGUCCAAAUCAAGACUCCUCGCCGCAACCACUCUCUCUCUCUCGCCGGCGUCCCCCCAUUCACCGCCCCCCGGGUAGAGCGCGAACCCCCAACCCAGGGGGCCGCGGCGCGUCGCCCCCCGCCUAAACUUAGCGGCCGCUCCAGGAAUAGGCGCGGGGCGCGCGGGGAUGGGGUACCUGCCGUCGUCCCUGGGCAGCAAGGCGGCGCACUUCGUGUCCGACCUCACCACCGUCAUCCUCAACCCCGUCUCCGAGCGCGAGCCCUCCCACCUCCCCGAGGAGGACGAAGAGCAAGAAAAAUCAGAAGAUGACAAAGAUUCUGACCAUAAUUCUGAUAACCCUGACGGCCCCGAUACAUCUUCGUUCAGAGCAUUCAUGAUCUCAUUUUUGUCGCCGUCUAGCUCUUUUAACGAUUCAAGGGAGAUAAUCCCCGAGCAGAGCGAAGAAAUGGGAUACCCAACUUUAACACCAGUUGGGAAGGCAACCAAGGGAAAGACAGGCUUGCUAAGCAGAGGGAAGCAUUCCAUUGGAAAAAUUAUUAAUAAAGCGGCUAAGAUGAGCGGUUUCAAACAAAAUUCAGAACCCAAAAUUGACAAAGAGGUGGUAAAUAAUGCUGAAUCAGUUGCACCUGCGUUGGAGCUCGAAGGACCAAAUGAAGUUAAUUCCCUGACCAACAUGCCAGCUAUGUCAGAGCCAUCUGUCCUUUUGUCAGAAACAAUGCGAUCCACUCUUUAUUCUUCUCUUCCUAUUCUGGCCCAAGGAAGGAGCUGGGUUUUGCUAUACAGCACAUCGAGGCAUGGAAUAUCUCUAUCUACUUUAUAUAGAAGGAGUUUGCUGUGCCCUGGUUACUCACUCCUGGUAGUUGGGGACAGAAAGGGGGCGGUUUUUGGUGGUCUAGUUGAGGCUCCAUUACAGCCAACUAGCACAAAGAAGUAUCAGGGUACCAAUAACUGCUUUGUUUUCACUAAUUUACACAGUGAUCCUGCUAUAUACCGGCCAACAGGUGCCAAUAAGUAUUAUACUGUGUGCUCUGCUGACUAUUUGGCACUAGGAGGUGGAGGUCAUUUCGCACUUUAUCUAGACUCAGACCUUUUGAGUGGUUCAAGUUCAAAUUCGGAGACUUUUAACAACCAGUGUUUGUCACAUUCUCCAGAUUUUGCAGUUAAAGACGUUGAGCUAUGGGGCUUCGUCUAUCCUUCAAGGUACGAAGAGAUGCUCAAGCUCUGUCGUACUGAGAAGCCAGGGGUAUGCCGAUUUUGAGUUUACCGGACCAAUGUGUGUUACAUCUGUACAGUUUUAAGUAGGCGUCGCUAGAAUUUUAGUGUGCAGGACCAUGGUAGAAGUAUUGGAAAGUGAGAACUUGUCUUGUCGAGCGAGUUUGCUGAGAUUUAUAAAUUCUGUAAUUUUCUUGUUAUGCCAGCGGAACAGGCUUACUGGUGGUUGUUCGAAUUACAGCGGCAAAUGUACUGCAUUA